AUGCUGGAAAUCAGCAUUUCUACUCUCGGCAAUAAGCUCCGCAGCAUCAACGUCUACAAUGAGGUAGGAACCAGCAUACUCGCAGACCUGAGAGCAGCGAUCAGCAGGUCAAAUCCCGACGACGAACUCCUGGGGCUCGGGGACUUCAACCUAUACCACCCACUUUGGUCGACAACAUAUCGACAUGCCAACCGUGGAAUCUCCGCCGCUCAACCUCUACUCAUCAUCAUCGAAGAUUUCCACCUCCAAUUGCGUACGGUUCCCGGUAGUAUCACGCAUUGGUGGAAGGACGGCGAUUCGACAAUUGACUUGACUUUUAGCUCCGAGGAGGUGGCAUCCCGCUCGAAAUAUUGUAAACGAACCUCGGUCGACGAAAAAUACAUUGUCGAGUACGUCGGCUACUCUGAGCAGGAGAGAGGAACUCGGCGGAUUGAUAUGGCCCUCAAGGCCGGGAACGUCAACGAUUUACUCCGAAUGCACCCCAAUCUACGUUCCAACGGAGUCGUUCUCGACCGCCUAAUAAAACAAAUGCUGGAGGCUCUUGAAAACCUUGCAUAUCAAGGACUAUUUCACCGAGAUGUUAAACCCGACAACAUCCUCUACACCCCGGUGAACCGCAAUGAAUGCAUAUUUCAGCUUGCGGAUCUCGGUCUUGCUAAUGAACAAGCGUGGGCCAAGACGCAAGCUGGUGCUCCGAUAUUCCAGGCUCCGGAGAUAUGCUAUGGAGGGUAUCAUCAAACGUCCAAAGUGGAUGUCUGGUCUCUGUUCGUCACACUUGUCGCUGUUACGCGCCCCGAAGAGUUUGAAGACAAAAGAUUGAAUGGCUAUGGUCAGAUCCUCGACCUUGUCGGCAAAGCAGCAAAAUCCAGGCUGUCAUCAAUCGACUCCCGCGAACGUCUAUGGUCAAAUGAGCAUCAACGAUCCAUUAUUUUCACGCCAACAGGUAAAGUCCCGGUGCCUGCUGUUGCCCAUUCAAAACUGAAACCCAAAAAGAAAAACUCAAGUGAGUUCCCAAGAGCCAAUGUCAAUCAUGUAUCUUAG